AUGUUGUCUUCUGCGAGGACGGGCGCCUCGUUGGCCCUACGAGCGAGGCCAACCACUGCACUCGCCCCCUUCCGCGCCGCCGCCGCUUUCUCGACCUCCUCUCACAAAGAUGCCGCCAGCGCCGUCCAGCCGCACGCCGGGUACGGCCUCGCAAAACCGGACCGCAAGGAAGUCCCGCUCCCCAGUCAGGAGCCCACCAAGGGGCUCGUCCAAUACGCGCUCACAACCCUCGACAUCAUGACCAACUGGGCGCGCCAGGGGUCCCUUUGGCCCAUGACCUUCGGGCUGGCGUGCUGCGCCGUGGAGAUGAUGCACCUGUCGGCGCCGCGGUACGAUCAAGACAGGCUGGGCAUCAUUUUCCGCGCGUCGCCGCGGCAGUCGGACGUCAUGAUCGUGGCGGGCACGCUGACCAACAAGAUGGCGCCGGCGCUGCGCCAGGUCUACGACCAGAUGCCCGACCCGCGCUGGGUCAUCAGCAUGGGCAGCUGCGCCAACGGCGGCGGCUACUACCAUUAUAGUUACAGCGUCGUGCGCGGCUGCGACCGUAUCGUCCCCGUCGAUGUCUACGUCCCCGGCUGCCCGCCCACGAGCGAGGCCCUGAUGUACGGGAUUUUCCAGCUGCAGAGGAAGAUGCGGAAUACCAAGAUCACGAGGAUGUGGUACCGCAAGUAG